AGGGAGGGGGGGUUUGGAAACGAGCAGAGCGUAAAUGCCGUGCAGCGGGUCUCAGCAUCAGACGGCAUAUGGCAGCCCUGCAGAGCUCUCGGAAAGGACUCUGUCAGUGAGAACUGGCUAAAAAGCAAGUCGAAGAGAAAAGAAAGCCAGAAACAGUGAGUGAACAUGAUGCACCGCUGAAUUGAGAUCUCUUUAUGGUGAUUACCAGCCGCGGCCAAUCCGCUGCCGAUGGAGCAAUAUGUCAUUUGGAUGUUUUUCUUUGUGAGCGCUGAAUGCAGCUGCUGCUGUGACUGAGCAUUCCCGGAUCAGGGAUGCAGCAAUCCUUGCCCCCAAGCGCAAGACCCUUAGGAACGUCUGCAAGAGGAACGGAGCGACCAGAGCAGGGGGCUGGGCUGCAACAAGAGGGACCGUGUUGCCAACUGGGCUUUCUUAUGGGGUUAUCUGUCCAUUGUUGGAGCUCAUUAAUUUUGGUUGGAUGUACCUAUGUUUGAUGCUGUGCUCCAUUCUGGUAUGUUAGCCCGACGAGGUGACUCUAAGCUCAGAGGGACCAGCAGUCCUUGGAUUACCGUGACCGGAACGCUGCCCGAUCGGGGCUGAAGUACCCUCAGCAGCGUUUUCUAGAAGAACGGAGCAACCUGUGCAAGGGGGGCAGGGCUGCAAGAAGAGGGACCGAGCCAUCAACGGGGUUUCUUAUAAAUUGUAUCCACUGGAUCAAGGCUUGGUUUAAUCUCGUUUCAAUGGUGCAUUCCGCUCUGGUAUGUUUGACCGGCGAGGUGCAUCUAAGCUUGCAAGGACCUGGAGUACUUGGAUAACCUUGACCAGAACGCUACUUGGACUGGUUGGGGAAGUGGUCAAAAAGGCUGCUUUCUAAUGGUGGGAGGGAUUCCUCAUCAACAACUCAAUAGAGGAAUGGAAAAAUAUGGCAUGAAGAUCUUUCGAAGGACGAGCUGGCGUCACGCAAGGCUUCUGGUGGCAUUUUGGUGGACUGUUGAUCAAUGAGUUGGACGGCUUGGCUUGAGGAUCCAUGACUCUGUUGUAGCAAACUCACUGACAUUAGUAUUCUUACUCUCCAGCUGUUCUUAGGGCUUUACUAAGGGGUUUUACUUCCAAUUUCAAGGACAAGUUUGUUUUAUUGAGCCUUGCGGAAUGUUCGUUUCAUAGGGGCAGAGCAGGGGCAAAGCAGGGCGCACUUUCCUGCAACUUCCUACUAGCUUCUCGUAGAUCUCAAAAUUUUGCUGUAAGCCAAAGGCUGUCCUUGAACUUUUAUGAUCUUCCUGUCUGGGCAACGUGCUGACAUCCCUCAAUUGUUUGAAUCAGAUACAGAAAAGCUGAGAAGACAUUGUUUUGUUUGUUUGCCCUCUUCUUGAGGAGCGACGCCAAAUUGUCCCAAUUAAUUGACUUGACACUCUUCUUUAAAGGACUACCUGCCAAGGUCUACCUCCAUACUCCAUCAGCCUUGGCCCUCAUCUCCAUUGCAGUGAGGGCUCGUGGAGAAAUCUCCAUUACUAGUUUAGUCUGUAUAUCUGGGGCCCUUCGUCUAGCGGAGGCCCGUUGCUCAAGCCUGGACACUGCCUUGCUGUUGCUGCUGCUGCCCUCAGCUCUGCUGGCCAAAGAUGAUGUGGCAGUGCCACAUCUCGGCCUCCGAGUGCCGCUGCUACAGGCUAAAUGGUUUUUCGCUGCUCAAACGCCAUCCUUUGUCGGCAGAUGCAGCUGGGAGCCGGGUGCUGGAGCAGUCAGUGGGGGAGUGGCUGGAACACUUGGGCUUUCCUCAGUACGAGAGCAAACUGGUGCUCAAUGGCUUCGAUGACCUGCGCUAUAUGGGGAGUAACGUGAUGGAAGAUCAGGACCUUCAGGGAAUUGGCAUCACCGACCCAGGCCACAGAAAGAAAAUCCUUCAUGCAGCAAAAACCCUCCCAAAGGUGAAAGCUCUGGGGUGUGACGGCAGCACCUCUCUGUCCUCAUGGCUGGAAACUCUGGGUCUUGGAGAGUAUCUGCACAACUUCCUGUCUAGCGGAUAUCGCACCCUGGACUGCGUUAAGAACCUGUGGGAGCUUGAAAUUGUUAAUGUGUUGAAAAUUGGCCUUCUUGGUCACAGAAAAAGAAUCAUAGCCUCGAUAUCAGAGCGACCGUAUGAGGAAGCGCCUUCGAAAUCCAACCGCUUUUCUCAACUCAAGAUUCAGGACCUGUUGUCUCAAAAUACAUCACCGCUCAGUUAUAUGGAUCCGUACACCAGUCGCUCCAUGGAUAUGCUGCUUCCAUUGGGAGAAUUAGGCAGAAAGAGCCGAGCGUUGGAUCAGGAUGGCAGUAUUUCCCUUCGCUCCUUCGGUGAAAGAUCACGCUCACAUGACCGUCGUGCAGAUCGACAUUCGCGUCUACAUAUUCGCCCUUCCAGCCACUCCGCCACAUAUACCACAGUCUCCACCUGGCACCAUCACCCAGACAAACUUAUCACCGAGUCCUGCGUUUAUGAGGCCAGAUAUUUAGGUUCUGUGAUCAUCCGAGACCUACGAGGAAUUGAAUCUACACAGGAGGCCUGCGCUAGAAUAAGAAAAUCAAAGGAUCACAGGAAAGGUCCCGUCAUAAUACUAAAUAUCACCUACAAAGGAGUCAAGUUUGUUGACGCAGCCACCAAGGCGAUGGUUGCAGAGCAUGAGAUCCAGAACAUCUCUUGUGCAGCCCAGGAUCCGGAUGACCUUUGCACAUUUGCAUACAUCACAAAAGAUCUGAAGUCUGGUUAUCACUUCUGCCAUGUCUUCACUACAGUAGAAGUGACACAGACCUAUGAGAUCAUCCUGACACUGGGACAGGCGUUUGAGGUGGCAUAUCAGAUGGCUCUCCAGGCACAGAAGGCCCGUCGUCACAGUUCGUAUGCUGGUCCAGCCUCCGAAAACAUAGAAACCAAGACCAACAGGCCCACCUCGCAGUCCCGCGAUAGCAUGCGCCGCUCCACCAUCGACCCUCUGGAGCCGGAAAUGGACCUGCAGUCCCUGGGCAGCACCAGUUGGCUCUACGAACCGAGGGAGUCCUCCAGGCCUUCGAGUAGCACCAAGUAUGAGACCACCAUAUUUUGAAGCAGGGCACGGCCCUUGUCCAAUCCCGCCUGCUGCCCCAUAUCAACCCCACGCCCCAUAAACUUGAGUGCCCCGUGCCUUCUCACUGUGAUUUGUAGCCUUCCUCAGGGCAAGACUACUUCCCACUCCAGUCCCGACCCCGGCCCUUGCCUGCAUUGCCCUCUCGGAGAGCCGUACACCUCCACCUUCCUUUUUUGUCGUCUUGACCAAUGAGCGCUUUCUGGAAUUCUUGGAUUUGCCGUAUAACCAGCCUCUUCAAACUCUGGUCCGAAAUCGCCUCUUGAAAGCUUCCCUAUUUUAUACAUUAUGCUGAAUGUUUACGGUUCAGUCCCUCGUAUCAGAGGGUUCUCUAUCACAAAACCUCCAAACUUGACACUUGUAGCAUUUGUACAUCUCCUCAUCCGGACGGACAUGUUGGCGGAACAUUAUUAGAAAUUAGUAGCCCAACGAGCUCUCUGACUGCAACAGCAAUACUAGUACUGUUUUUCAAGUUUACGUACAUUCACGGUCAUGAAUGCAACAUAACUAAUCUUCCCAUCAGCGUUCCUCGAACCUUGUAGCACUAGAUCACUUUUUUUCCCUGUAGUUGGACCCACGUUCCCCCCCACCCCCUGCAGUUCUUCAGUUUUUCAAAAGAGUUGGGUCUGUAAUCUCGAUUCACAUCCAGUGCUUCCUUUUGUCUUACCAGGCAUCUGCAGCUCUGAGGCCCUCGGAAGAAAGACUAUGCCUGUUUAGAGAGCGUUUAGAGGUUUGGAUUUGAAAUGCAAUACAGUUUAACUGGGAAGAGUAGAAUACAGCCCCAAGAAAGUGGAAUAACCAAGACAACAUUCCUGUUCUGUUUUCUUGUUGGAAUUUAAUUGACUUUUUUUUAUCCAAUAAGGGAAACCAUUUUGUUUCGUAAAGUUCUAUAUUUGUAACUUUACAUUGUUAACAUCACAUAAUACGUGUGUGUAUAUCCUCUAUGUUCAUUUUGUGAUUGAUGAUUUGUUGUGUAAAAUUAGUUCCCUCUGAGACUCCCACUACAAAGUCAUUUGCAGAAAAAUGAGACAGAAUAUUUUCGUAGACAUAAUAAUAGUAAAUGUAACUAUUUUGAAUUGCAAAAUAAUUCCCACGGUGACAAUUAUCUUUAGAGAGAAGAUAAUGAAGGCAAGAAAAGAAAAAACACAGACUAAAGAGAAAAAAAUAAAAGCUCCAAACUGCCUUAUGCAUAUUGUGACAUGUACUGAACGUUUGGAAAACCACUGUAAGUUUGCACCACUUUGUUUAUUCACGCAAAAAAAAAAAAAAGAAGAAAGGAAAAAAUGUAUUAGAGGCUAGAAAUCUGCGAUUUUACAUUCUUGAUGGUUUAUGUUUUGUCUUGUUUCUAGUGCCAUGUUCACACUGCAGUUAAAUUUGAUUUACCCCCCACUUAAAGAAGUAACAACCGCAUUUUGAAACCAAGUUAAUGCAUGGGACAUUUAAAAGAAGUGUGAAAAUUUUAAUUCUAUCACCAUUUUCUCACCCUUAAGUUGUUCCAAACCUGUUUGGUUUUCUUUCUUCUGUCAGACAUAAAAGAUAUUAUGAAUAAUGUUGGGAACCAGACAAGUUGCCAAAAGCCAACGACUUACAUCGUAUGGAAAAAAAAAUGGUAUGUAUGUCAAUGGCUACCGUCAACUGUUGGUUACCAAUGGUUUGGUUACCAAUAUUCUUUAAAAUAUGUAUUAUUCGCAAAAAAAUUAUGACAUGCUUAAUUUUAUGGUGAAAUGUCCCUUUAAGUAGCGACAGUUGCAUUUUAUUAAAUCUGUGUCAAAAAUAAUGGCAUCAAUGUCUGCUGUUUAUAACCACAGUCUCUAUAGCGCAACGGUCGCUAAAUAACGGUCAGCCAUUUUGGGUUUACGAAUGACUCGUACACAUACUGAAUGAUAAUUCAGGUGAUUAAUUUCUUAUGUGAUGUUGUGUUUCCAAAACAUUGCAGUGUGAACGUGGCUGUUUUUAUGUGUGUGGAAAGGACUGUUCACUUUAGUUUGAUUCUGGCUGUUAUUCACUUUUGAACUGCACUCUUUGUCUCUCAUGUCCGGUUUUAUUGAGUAACUUAAUCUGUUAAAGUGGUGGUAAUUUCUUUGUGACUGUGUUGCACAUCCUCAACUUCCAGACAUCACAAUCAUCCUCACUCAUUAACAACCAUCGUUUGCCGUUGUUUUGUCUCAUUUCCUAACUCAAAAUUGCCAAAGAGGCUAGCUCAAGAUCCAUUUCACUCAUGCAAUCACAUCCUGUAACGUGAGCUUUGUGUAUUUUUGAAAUGCCUGUCACAUUUUUUAUAUUUCAGAUUUAAUUAGCAGUCCUGUCUGGGCUCUGACAACUUGAUUGGGAUUUUAGAGCAUUCCCAUUUCUGAAUUCCAAUAUAUUUUUCCUUGUGUAGCUGACUCCACCUUUCAAGUUUCCGGACACCAAGGUGUGAAUUGAAGGGGACUCAGGUGAAACUUUAUGUGUGAGUCCAAAUGAGGAAGAAAUUGAGUGAGUAUGCGAGAGAGAAAGAGAAAUAUAUAAUUAGCACUUAAUGGCUGUACCAAACAGACUGUCCAAAGUUGCUCCUAUUGCAAAAAUAAACUUGAAUAAGGACUCAGCCGAUAAAUUGAUUUGCUGGUGAUGUGGAAAUGGAGGUAACAAAUCAUAAUAAAAUAUGAAUCAGCAUGAUAUUCAGUUUAACUGAAUCUCACAAAGCAAUGUCCUAUUUCACCCCAAAACCAAAAUAAGAAUUUUUGCCAAUGCAUCCUGUUUUCAGGACUGUGAAGAUGACAUUAUUAUCUAAACACAUGUUUGCACAAUAAUUAUGCAUUACAUAACUUAGAUGUACACUUACAAUUGUACUCUACAAAUGUACUAUGUUAUCUUAUCUUAAUAUGAUCAUAAAGAUUUUGACCUGUAAUUUGCUUAAUUGUCAUGACAAAUGUAUCAAUGCAUGGUCCUAAAAAUAGGAUUUAUUUGCUUCUCAUUUAGUUUUGGGGUGAAAGGUGAACAUUCCUCAAGUUUUUCAUGAGAUUCACACAUUUAUGUCUUUAAAAAGCAAGCAGAACGUUUGAGUAAUCUCUGGAAAACUGGACUUCUCUUUCCUGAGCACUGUGUGAACAUUGUGCAUUUUAGUGUUCAAUGUUUCCUCUUAAACUGUGGUUUAUUUUCAUAUGGAGAAGGACUUUAUGUGCGACAUUGGCAGAUUGUACCUAAAAAAAAAAAAUUAUGCAAAACAAGAUCUUUUUGGACUCGGUGUAUAUUGUUGAACUGCUUGUUGAAGAUUUGUGGCAUUUAAAACAAAAUGGGUUCAGUUGUGAAUCGGAGAUGGAAACGUUACGGUCGAGAUUAAGUACUUUCAUGUAAAUCAGCAAAAAUAUUUUUACCUGUAUGUGAAGAAUCCAGCUAAAUUGAAAUCAAAUCAGUGGUUGAUGCAAUGAUCUUACUGUGAAAUAGCAAAGAUGUAGCAUACUUAGGCUAUUGAUUUGCCAUAUGAAAACUAAGAGCUGAAUUAAAUGUCACUUUAUGGCCACCUAUCACAAAGCGGUCUAGCAUCACAAUGAGUGUUUUAUUUUUUUUUUUAUGGUUAGCAGGUUCCUUGAUUUAAUGGAAAAGAAAAUGGGCACAUAUAUGCUACAGUGGAAAAAAAUGAUUUACAGAAAAAAGGAAAAAAUGCAAACCCCUCAGGCAACACUUGUCCCUCGCUUUCUCUUUGAAUUCACUUGAAUUUCUUUUGAACUUCACAUAAUUUGAGCGAAUAUUGACAAAGUAUUUAACACCAAUUAGGUUAGUAUCCUCUUUUUCUGAGUUGGGAAGAGUAUGAGGAUGUCAGAAACACUAAGAUCAGGGCAGAUUGCUUGCACUUGACAACACAAGAUAAAACACCACUGUUGGCCUAUGUAGAAGGUAAAGUAACUACAAUUAAAAGAUGUCUAAUAAAUGUACUUUUUGUCCUGAAUGUUCAUACUAUUCUGUAUGUUCAUUCCAUUUACUUAAGGAACAAUCACUAUCUCAAUGCCAUUGAACUAAUAAAUUCAAUAGACUUUU